AAAUUCCAUAAUCUGAUUGGUUAAGAUGAUGUUCCCAAACCUCUCCCCACAUCUGCGUUCUACACGCUAUCGCUGUGCUUGGAUACUGAAUAAACUACUGAAAGUUGUCAGAUAGCGGUUUUUUCGAAUUCUUGGAUCAUGUUGAUCUUGAGGAAUGAUCCAGUUUGAAACCUGCAAGCAGAAAUGAAUAGAGGACAUGCAAGGACUGACAUGGACUUGGCUUUUGGCUCUGCAAAGCCGUAUGGUUCUUCAAGAAGUUUGGUAAGAAGAAUCGCUUCGAAUCUUCCCAUCAAACCAUGUCCAAGGGUUCAUUUUCAGCUUCACCCAUAUGCUGAGGAGCCUGGAGCUCUUGGUGUCAGGAGGCAGACCAACAUGGUCGCCUCUCUAGCUGAUAUCUCACUGAUGGACGAGGAUGAUGAGGAUGAUGAAGGCUACUUGGGCAGAUCCAGGCGGGGGAUCCCAUCGGGCUUCAUGUUUCGAGCCCAGCAGCCUCAACCUUGGAGAAGACCCCUCUCCCGUCGCAGGUCCCUGCCUGGUCUCUAUGAGGGCCCUCCUGAUCCACAAGGUCCAACGUUUGCAAACGACGAGGCGAUCCAGAAGAUCAACGCUCUAGAAACGGAACUUGCCAAACUCAGAGCUCAGAUAGCUCAAAUUGUCAUGGCUCAGGAAAAGACUGCGCUGUCAGCUGCUGCUAGUGGGGCUCCUACACCUUCUGGAAACCUCCCUCCGCCUCCCCCUCCUCCCGCCCCACCACCUCCUCCACCUGCACCAGCACUGCAGCGAACAUUUUCAGCCAUAGAGCUGAUAAAAGAGAGGAGAGGGAGGAAGAAAGAUGAGCAGAUGGUCGAGGUUUCACGGCCUGCAGAAAUCCCCAGCAUGCUGGACAUCCUAAAGGACAUAGACAAGGUUAAGCUGCGGUCUGUAAAAAGCCGUUUAGAGCAAGCUGUUGGCAAAAUGAAGCCCAAAGAGCCGUCCGACCCAGCAGGUCUCAUCGCUGAAGCUCUUAAGCGGAAGUUCGCCCAUCGGUUUAGAAAAAACAGCGGACAGGAAGGAAGCGACAAAGAAGAUUUGAAGGUGGCCGUCCCAGAAGCCAAACCUCAAACUGAAACCCCUCUGUUUGGGCAGCACAUGCUGAAACCAACCGGGAAGAAACGGUUCCUUUGACCAGGAGAGGAUGAGCUGGUGAUCCAGGAUAUCCACUGACUCUUUGAAGAAUCCUUUUUGGUGAUCCUCUACGACCUAACCAGCCUGGACCAAAUAUGAAUCAUCUCGUUUUGCACUUUUUUAUAACUUUUAUCCGCUUUAUUUUUUACAAACAUGAUUUUUAUUUGAACACAAACACUAAUUAUUUGUGUUCACUUUUUGCACAUUUCUCCACUGUGAGAUCAAUAAAGUCUAUCUUUAUCUGAAUGGGCGAUCAGAUCUGUUUUGGAGGACCAGAACAUUGCACAUAGAGGGGAUAAUCAGACGUAAAGAUUUGGUAAAGUAUUGUAGAUGAAGGAUCUGUACUCUGCAAUACUUAGUUAUUUAUUUUGUCAGUUUAGCUCAAUGCUGUAAUUUUGUUUGUAGCAUUUAGAGGUACUUUAUAAAUUUUAAGAUGUUUUAGUAUUUUUACCAGUUCAAGUCAUCCGUUUUAGUUAUUUAUUUGCCCUUUUAAAAGCUAAAGACAUUCCACUGAUGUCAUUGUUCAUUUUAUUAAAGUACUUGUGUUGUAAAGGAAAGCCACAUUGGAUUAUAUUUUCAUAUUUGAUGCCGUAGUUACAUGUGCAGAGUUUAGUCUGUACCUACCUCUGUGUUUUGAGAAUUGAAAGCAAAGGGGAUUCUAGUCAAGCUUUAAGAAACCCGUCAGUUAUGUGGUUUAAAAAGACAUUUUUAGGCAUUUUGUUUAUUUUCUGUACCAUUUCUAAGCGUGGUUUCACUGCAUAGCUGCUUAUUGAAGUCCUUUUUUUUUCAAGGGAAGAAAAGAUGGUCAGUAAAAUGUGAUUUUUAUCUCCUAAAUUGUAUUUCAUCUUAAUAAAAGUAUCCCCUUACUCCGUC